AUGGCGGUAUAUUCAAAUCAGCUGAAUCAAACACAGGACCUCCUUAGUCAGGUAAGCUUUCCUCAAAACUUGGACGGCAAGAUUUAUUUCUCUUUUUCCCAAGUACAAGGAAAAUUUUAAUAUCCUUUAGAACUGUUAAUUUGAUUGCACACUAAAGGAGAGAAACUUGCGUUUCAUUAUAUUCGAUCGGUAGGAAUUGUCGAAACUGGAGAACUGUGGAGAAUCGACAAGGCAGGUAAGACAAUUCUGAUUGCUGUGCUUGAGAUCGAUGACUUAUCCUAAGCGAGUAACGACUGAACGCAUUUACAAAACAGCAACAACGUACUGCAAAAAUAUUAAAUGAAACACCGUUAGUACUGAUUUAUUGAAAGUCACAGAUGAAGGAUAGGAUUAUUCUGAUUUAACACUUUUUAACAGAAUGAAUAAAACAGCUUGUGAACAUAAUUUUUUCAGCUCUUAUAUGACAAGUUUUUCUACGCUACAGGACCGCUACUCCCUACUUAAAGUUUACUUUGAGAGUUUGAUCGACCAGCACUCAACAUACAGGGAUCUGCUUUCCAGGAUAAAGGUACAGGAAGUUAUCAGCACAAAUCAUUGACAUAUUAGAUGAAACACCUCAGGUACAGAUCUAUUCAAAAUAACAGAAUGCGACGAAGGAUUGUACCAAUGUAGUUCUUCCAGAAAGAUGAAUAUGUGGAAUGACUUUAGAACGACAUGAAACAGCAGAUUACGGCUGGACUGAAAACAAGGGGCGGUUAUUGUGCCGAAUGUAAGGAGCCCAGUUAGCGCCAUCUCGUAUUUCUCAUCAGUUUUUUUUUAAUUUUUUUUAUUUUUUUAAUCAACUCAACUUUAUUUUUCACGACCUCAGUUUUUUCCUAGCACGACUUAAACAUUCCGGCACGGCUUAAACAUUCUGGCACGACUUUAACUUUCCGAUAUGACUUAAACUUUCCAGCACGACUUUAACAUUCCGGCACGACUUUAAUAUUCCGGCAUGACUUUAAUUUUCCGGCACGACUUUAAUUUUCCCGCACGACUUUAAUUUUUCAGCACGACUUUUUUAUGGUAUGACCUUUCACUUUUUCAACCGCAAGACUCGACAUAACAAUCAACGCGGCAAUGGCCUGUUGUCCAGGGCAUACAUUAUUAAGAGCAGCGAGGCAUAUUAGGUUUCAAAUUGUUUUUAUAAGGCUUUUGGGAUUAUGGUUACUACCCCAUUUCCAGAGUCCCUUCUGUCAUAGUCUCCCUUUCUGCUUCAAGGUGGCAUUGAGAGGAGAGACCCAGGAAUUGUGAGGUAACCUACAUGUAGCUGGAUUCUUCUUUUCCAGAUGUUAUUUUUCACAGUUAUAUCAUUUUGACAGUUAGAAAUUAUAAAAAUUACCCAACGAAGAUCUGAGUUAUUAGUGCCAAAAGUAAAAAUUAUAGGAUUACAAAUAACAACAAUUUUUAGAAGAAGCCCAGGUUGCAAGAUAUGCUCUACCUCUUACAUGACUUUCUAAGACUUCAUGCCUUCAUCUUUUAAGAUUUUUUUUUAUGAGAUAUUGUGUGGCCCCUCCAAUGUGAUUGCACCUGUUGCUUGCUCCUCUAUCAACAGUAAUAUACACAAAAAAUUUAUCUAAGAGAGGGAAAAAAUUAUUUCAUUCAAACUCCUGUUCAAAGCAACAAUAAAGAGGUCCUGUAGAUAAUCAAAUAGAUUAUCAUAACAUUUUUCAUAGUAAAAGAGCCUCAUUUCACAACUUGAAUGAAAUAAAUAUUAUGGUGACCAGCUGAUAAUACUUGAGUGACCAAACAAUCCUUGCCGUGAGCAGCAAAUUAAGCAGUUGCAGAUUGAGAAGAAAAAAAAAAGAAAAAAGAUAAGUUAAAAACUGAUCUUGAUUUAUUUUUUAUGGGCACCUUUCUCUCAAAUUGGAGCUUACUUGGGAGUUUCUUGUGUUAAUAAUUACAACUUCCUUUGUUACUGCAGUAACUCCAAUUGAUAUCCUGCUACUGGUUUAUCAAAUGGAGGUCAAUGCACAGUUUAAUUAAUAAGUUCUUUUUUAACUUGUAGGCAGAGUAUGAACAUUGUAUAGCUGCAUUAGAGAGAGGUCAGAGAGAGGCAGUGUAUCUGUCAGAAAAGUUAGCGGCAACUUUAAUGGAACAUCAAACAUUUAGGUAACGGGAAACAACAUCAGUUGACAAACUGAAUGUCAAGAAUAGUGAAAAAAAGAAUCAAUUUUUUGUAAAUUUCUAUUUAAACAAUGUUGAAAACAGUUGUGAUAUUUUUUCCCUUGACUCCAUCGGUAAGCCAUCAUAAACUUAAGUUGUGUUAGUUUAGCUGAAGCGAAUUAUUUCUUUCCUCAGGAACAUCAAGGCCCGUGCAGAUGAGUUAGAAUUGAAGGUUACAUUGCUUAGAAUGCAUAAUCAGAGGUUUGUGAAGCCGUGAAUGUCUUAUGAAACUACAGUAUAAAGCGGUGAAGCACCUAGCUAAUUUGAUAAGAAAGCCGGAUGAUACAAGCUGACGCUACAAAUUGAAACCCACAGAAGAAGUUCGGACGAGGUCACUUUUUAUUUCUGGCACUACCCUCGCGUUUACCUCCGCUCGACAGAAAAAAAAAGAAAACAAGCCAAAACGAAAACGAAACAAAAAGUGUCACCACGGCGACGCAUGGGGAAACAUUACCUUAAAAAACAAAACAAACUAUCCUUUCUGCUAAGAAUCUCGCCAAUGUAUCUAUCGUUUCUAAUGGGGUGACAACUUCUCUAUGGCUUCACAUGAUAAUGUUGAGUUGAAGUAAAAUCUUAAAAAUUGCCGUCGAGGUUUUCAUCAUAAGAGUACACAAAAAUUGAAAAUUUCACGUUGAUGUUCUGCAUUGGAAGGCUAAUAAAUGUACAAAGUAUUAAAACGCAUAUGCUACGUUAUUUUUUUUCUCAUUGGGUCUUUCGUUUCUCCACUUCUCGUUGCUGUUGUCGUCGCGCUUUUCUUUAAGCUUCAGACGAUGGAAGGUAGUCCUUCCCAGUUUUACCGGUUUUUUAUGUUUUAUUCAUUUAUUAAUCUAUUUAAUUUAUUAGUUAUUGUUAUUAUUCGUACUAUUAUUACAAAUACUGUUUGUUUAUGUUAUUCACCAUUGAUAAAAGUGGUUUAAAGGGCUUCGAAACAAACAUUAAAACAUUAUUUUUAUAAGUAUCUAUCACAAUUUGACACCUGUCAAUUAGAGAGCGCGUAAGAAAAAAAACGCAUGUGCUCUUUUGAAAAAACAAAGUAACUAGUUUGGCAAGGACUGUCACGACAAUGUCUCCUUCAAAACCAGUUAAUGACCUUACGGAGAGUAUUAUUCACUCUCAUCGAAGAUUAAUUAAUGUACGAAGAUUUACCGCUGUUCAGUAAGUAAAUGGCAAGGAAAGUAAUUGUAAAUAAAUUCAAAUUUUACAUUUUCAUACUUACCUGUUUGCUGCAAUGGCGAGUGUUAAUUUGGUCUUUUCUCCACAAAACUGAAUUCGAAUGAAACACUUCAACUAGACACAAGGGAGUUUAAUGCGGCUUUUUCUCAUUGAAUUCUUUCAGUUUCUGUUGUUCAAUUUACCGUAGAAAUGUUCAUAUUGAACGAACCUGGAAAGACUCACCAAAAGUGUAUUUGUUGUAGAACUCAGUGAAAACUUUGCUCGCCCUUUCACUACGAACAAAUUGUUUGAGAGAAUUCAGAUAUUACAUGAAUGAAAGAUCCAUUGAUGUUUUGAAUUAUAACCAAAUAACUCUCAUUUUAACUUUCUAGGUACUUUUUGUGAAGGAUUAAAAUUUAUUAUAGACGGUUUUUAGGCCGCUUGUCAACCGAUUUAAAGACCCUUUUUCCUAUACAUAUUAAUUUCGAAACCAAUAUUUUUCUGUUAACCAAAGUGAUUUGUGAGAGAGAAAAGAGAGGAUUAAUAAGUUAUUCAUCGGCUUGAGGUAGUGACCGACGUCUUUGCUUAAAAUAGUGCCCAGCAGGAAAAACGAGAUAAAUUUAUGAAAAAUGGAAGCGAAGGUAGGGAUGUACUUAGCGUGUCUGUGAGUAGAGAUAUUAAAAUACGGACCGCGCUAAGAACCAAUCAGAUUGCAGGAUUCAUUGCCAGGUCCUCUGAGGAAAAAAAAUAUAUUCUUGAGUAGGACAUUUUACAGUGUCUUGCUAAAAUGUUUCAUUUCUCUUAACUCGUCAGAUUGUCAUCCAGACAGAUCAGAUCAUCCGACCACUGUCGUUAUUCAUCCAGAGAGAACAGAUCGUACAACCAACGUUAUUCAUCCAGCCUUAUCUCCCCGGGUGGGUCUCAUGAAGCACGAUUUAGAAAAUACAGCGAGAAAGAAUUUCAAUUACAAAAAAAGGUGCAAGCGCUUAAAUGGUCACAACACAACUUGACUAUUGGAAUGCCGUUCAAGUUUUUUUCCAAUUUUUCUUUUCAAAAACAGCCCGAAUUUUAGAGAAAUUUCAGUCAGGAUUUUACGGAGUGACAUGAAAAACAAGGGUUCCGACACUGCAAUUUCUUGGUUAUGCACAGGCAAGAAAGCCAUGUUCAAAGGGGAAGGCAAUGAUGUAAAAAUAUCAAUGUUUUCAGGAACAACACUACUGGAACAACUACCUUCAAAUUUUUGUGCGGACGGAAAGCACACUUAAAACGUUGUUUUAAAAUGUUUUUUGGAUGUAUUCAAACGUGCCCACUGGGUUAAGGACUGCCACACGGUUCCCAAAGUAUGAUUAAGAGGACCACAAGUACGGAGGGCUUGUCUUAUGCCGCUCAUGCUCGCGUCCGCCACUAGAAAACCGCACAAACAUGACUACUCCUCUUCUGGAGGCGUUUGUUACUCCGGUAUUGAUUAAUGCAUCUUCAAGAACCGAGCUUGUUAGCAGGGUCUUUCCCUUUAAUGGUUGUUUCCAGGUUCUCUUUCAAGUUGGGAUCACUCGCUCACACCACGUUCGCGCUUUUUUCCAAGUCUGACAGUGGAAAAGUUGACAGAUACAGCAUUUCUGACCAAAAAGGUACAUAUUUUAGCUUGAUUUGCUUGUACUCCCUUUUUAAAUUUUGGAGGUUGUAUUUAAAGCUGUUUUUAUUGUUUUUUUUUUCUUCUUGCUUCGUUUUCGUGUUUUUGUUUUGUUUUUAGGGUUUUGAGUUAUGUAGGUAGUAUAUACAUGUUGUCGAACCAAAGAGGUUACUGUUCUAUUUGCUCAAUAUUUCUGAUUAUUAUACGGCUAGCUCUGCGAGUGGGUCAGGUGAAGCGAACUUUGUGUGCUUAUUGAUUACUUAAGCGAUAGAAGGAGCGUGGUUGAUAAUACACGUUUUUAUGUACGUGAUAGAUCGGUUGUACUCGUUUUAUUGGAAAAGAGGUAUGGGGGGCAAGUAUUAACAAAUAUUUCAAGUAAGGCUGAAUACAAGUGGAGCAAUUUUCAGUUUAGGUUUGAAGGAAUUUCAAAAUUGGUUCGGUGUUCCUUUCCUUCUCAUUAACUCCGUCGUUGGUCCAGAAAACUCGCUCCCUACAAGACUUAAGCUAAUCACGUCAUGGUUUCUCGUGUUUCCUCGCUGCUUGUGUUACCUAUAAAUUCUCAUUGUUUGGUUGUGAUGGUUUCCUUUGCUCUGAAUGGCUGUUAAGAUUAUUUUGGUUUUGCUUUAAAACUUGCUUUUGCUUUUGUUUUUGUUUUAGUUGGCUGACUUGAAAUCGCAAGUUGCGGUGGCGAAGCUCGAAAAUGAUACCAAGUAUGUUGACUUAACUCUAAAGAAGGUUACGAAGUAGUUAAUUGAUUGGGAGUGCAAGAAACCAUUAAAGGAUGGCAAGGGGGAAGUGAAAAAGAAAAAAAAAAAAGAAACCAGCAGGGUCCAUGAGCAAACCUGCAUCUCAGAACGUGCAGCACGCUUAGUGUUACAUGUUUGAGUUCAGACCACGUGAUCGUUUUAAGCACAACACGUUACUAUAUGGCUUUGUGUUAUUCUUAUGAACCUCCCCCCCCCCCCCUCCCCCCUCCCCUUAUUGGCAGUUAAUUUUCUAUCGUCCCCCCUUUAUACUCUGUUGGGGACUAAUGACUUACGAAAUCCUCCCCCCCCAUUAUACUCGAAGACCAUGUGAUCCCCCAAAAAUACCCCCCGACCUCAAGGAGAAAAAAGUACCGACUGGUUUCUUAAGCCCCGUUCAAACGGUCGUGAUAGGUGAUGAUAGUUUCAACUAUCACGCGCGUUUGAACACGAACUGUUAUUGGCUAUCAGCGACUAUCACCAACUAUCAUGUAUCUUGGACAUGUUCAAAUUCGAUAUGAUAGUUGCUGAUAGUUUUUUCCGUUUGAACGAUCGAUGAUGAUAAAUGAGAGUUUUCCCGUGAGCAGUUUUGCCAAAAAACGGGCUCGAACCAAAAUCGUUAAUGGUAAUUUAGCCCUCAAAUUUCGCAGAAUGCUUCGCAGUUCAUUCUUAUUAUCUCCUGGUAGGCUUCAGUAUCUUUAACUCGUAACUGCUUGACUAAAAAUUUCAAAUGCCACCAAAAUCACUGACCUCAGCGCGCGCCAUACUUGUUUACAAUUACAUGAUCUCAUUGUGUGAUUUUGUCAUCUAUUAUCAGCUAUCACGAGCCGUUUGAACGCAAAAAUUAUAGAUAAUAAUAGUGAAUGAAAGUUGAAACCAGCAACAACUAUCAUCAACUAUCAUGAACGUUUGAACGGGGUUUUAAGAAGAGCGGUUGCUUCUACUUGUUUACACUCGUUUAGAAAUAAGAACAACCUGAGUUUCCUUUUAAUCAGCACAAUGCAGGAAAUGGUUUGAACUCGGGUUUCACAUUUGAUCAUGUUGUCUGAUCGUACGAGUGAAGGGUAAUCCUGAGAAGGAACAUGUUGGUAGUGGGGACGGACAUUUCGACAGUAUUCCUUCUUAGAACUGUCCUCACGCGGACGAUCAGACUUCAUCAUCUUCGGUCUUCACAAGUUUUCUUAGUUUGUUGUUGAAUAUCGUUGAUAAGCAUAUUUUAAUUUCUCCUUUCAGAUUUGUCCCCAAAGUGAUGAAAGGUCAACUUUUCAAUCGUCUCCGCGAAAAAGAGGUGAUUUGACCUGCUAUGUUUUUACAUCUCAUUCCCGUAAAUCUUCAGGCGCGUCAAUGCCCACAAAUUCUUUUUGGCGGUGGUUUUGGCUGUUUCUUCUAACCUCCAAAAGUAGCUCCUUGUAACUUUCAUUUAUUUCAUCGUGUACAGGGUUUCAGGUAAUGGUAAUAAGACAGCUAUCAAUCUGGGUAUAUUACCCUGCAUUUACCAAUUAUUACUUGAGCACUUGUUGGAUGUGAGAUGGUAAAUGACCAACGAGGUGCGUAGCGCUGAGUUCGCUAGAACCAAUCUCGAAUCUAACAAGCGCGAAUGGAAUAACUUUUUUCUAUAAAAUUUCAUUCAAUCCUGAACGCUUGAAUAUUUGGAGCUUUAUUUUAGCUCCGCCACAGUUGGUGCAAUGCAUUUCCAUGUAAGAUGACUCGCAAUAGGAGCUGAUAACCGGAGUUAAGUGAACCAAUCAGAACCUUAAAAACGCAAUAUUCGGAGUUGAAAAUUUAGUAAUACAGGAUAACCGGCUUAGAUUGCAAGCUGUAUUGCCUUAAUGAUUAAAACUAUGCUUUCCGAGAGAGCUUCAUCUCCUCUUGUACUUUUGAUGUUUUAAGUGUGCCGAACAAAAAUAAAAAGCAAUAAACAACAGAUGUUGAUUUUUUUUUCGGUAGGCGUUAAUUUUUUUAUUGUGUUGCGCGCAAACGUAAAUAUUUGUCCUCCUCGUGGAUUUUUUUAGUCUUCUCGGAAAGGUAUCGGUAGUAUGGAUUCAUCGAUGGGUUGAGAUAUUCGUUCUUUUUAAGAGGAUAUGUCCUUUUUUCCGUAACCUAUUCCCAAGUAUUUCACGCGUUGAACCAUAUAGGUUUAAAGCUAGAGUCAUACGUUAUGCACUAUAUAGUUCAAAUAAGCUGUUAUUAGUAUAUAUUGCUUCGGUUUAUCAGAAACUGCGUGAUUGAAGACGAUAAGUUUGUCGUAGGAAAUCAAAGAUGCCCUUUUGGAAAGACGCGAUGAGCUGAAGAAGAACAUAAUUAAGGUGAAAUUUCGUCUCGCUGUCAAGGUAAAUGGAUUUGAUGACACAAACAGUUGUUCCUGUUGUUUGUUUAUUAUCGAGAUAGCUUUCCUAAGGAUGGUUGGAUAUUUACCACUUUAAAUUAUAACAUAGCUAGUAAAUUUGUCUAAUCAAAUUCAAUUGCGCGAGCGUGCUUCAUAUUCCUAUUGUGCACGCUCAUGACGUUAGCAAACAAAUCCCUCGAGAAAAAAAUUUUUCCAUCUGGUUGAAAAUGUUAUAAAACAAUUGGUUCAUACAUCAACUGUGCGUUCAUCGAGAUAUGAAGCACUUGGAAAGUUUGGAGAGCACUCAAGAAGCUAGAGUUGCUCUCGGCUACGCCUCGAGCAACUCUUACGCAUCUUUCGUGCUCUCCAAACUUCCCGCGUGCUUAAUAUCUCGAUGAAGGCACGCUGACGUAUGAACCAAUUGUUAAGCUUCAGGUAUAUUUACUUUCCUUUUUUUAUGGGUGUGUUGUUUUAUUUCUUCUUUUUUCUUUUGUUUUGUUUGUUUGUGUUAGUCUGUAUUUGUUUUUGUAAUUGUCUUGUAAACGCUUUUUUGUAGAAAUUCCUUAGUAUAGAGUUGCGCAUCCUUUCCGUGUAGUUUCCACGUGUGAGUUAUAAUAGUAAAUUAGUAAAACAGCGGUUUAUAGUAUGGCCUGAGCCUCAGUAGGCAAAUCGAUAUUAUCAUAUAUUUUCCUGCAAUUGAAACCGGUGACCUCCUCCCAAACUGCCUUGAGUUCCCAAAGUAUCCGGUACAUGACGGCCGGAGAGAUAAAUAGGGUUUCGCUUUCGAUACUAUUCAUACCUUUCUCCGUUUUUUCAAGUCUCGCACAAUUGUCAUACUAUUCAGUAAAGGACUCUUAGAAUGAUGGGCAUGAUACAAGGAAAAAUCAAUGGCUUUGAUGUCUUUUUUUUAAUAUAUCUUUCCAGUGUACCAUGCGUGGCUGUCAAGUUUGCAAAGUUUGAAGCAAAAAAGAAAAAAAACCUUUAAAAAGCUAAAAAUCAAAAAAAGAAAAACAGCCAAAUAAAAAAUCUGGAUAGCAUAUUCAUCACAAGGGAAUCAUCUUGAACUCAACUAACUAGCUAUAUCAACUAAGUCCGAUUUGAUGAAACCAUAGCAAACCAUCGUUUAUCAGUCAUGUAGCUGAAUUAAAGUCCGCUGCAAGUCGAGAGUCAAUCCGUCCGUCUGUCCGUCCAUCUUUACGUACGUCUUUCUGACAGCCCUUUUGUCCAUCGUUUGUUUUGCUCCUUCAUUCAUUCCUUUUUGCUUUCCUCUCUCCUUCUCUUUACUUUACGGUUGAAGUUUUGUUCUUUUACCAAUUAGGGAAAAGGAACCAAAACCAUUAAGGCAGGUAAUCAAAGAUCAUCUUAUUUUCGACAACUUUGCUUAGCGCUGAAGGAGACCCACAGAACAAUGGAGGAAGCAGGUAAUUUUGUCGUCUGCUGUUACUCGCACAUGAAUUGUUUUCAUGUUAUUGGUUUGUUGACGGAUAAAGUUGAUGUAAAACUUUUUUUCAUAUGCAAGGGUAUGCUUUUUCUUAAAUUGUUUCCGCUAGCUUCGUGGAGAAUACGAAACGAAAACAAUGGGAUGAUUUUUUACACGUUAUAAUGAUCUGUUAUAAAACAAAAACAACAAUAGAAUCAACAGAAGCAACGGAGUUGAAAUCGAAGCAAAACCAUGAAACACAAAACAAACGCUGAAGAAAACAAACUAUCAAACUCUAAAAACAAACAUAUUGGCUGCAAAAAUAAUUAUCUAGUGGGGUGGUAGUUGAAUCAUCUUAUCGUAUUUUGUUGUUCUAGUUAAGAAGUGUGAGGAGGAGGCGAGAGAAGAAACAAAUGAUAAACAGCAUGUUGAUAAUGCCUUAGAAGGAGUCAGUAGUUUAUCAUUGCGCGUCGAAGGAGAAGAUGACGUUAGUUAAAUGUUCUUGUUCUUGAUUAGAUAUUUUGUAAUGUUUUGUUCCAUCGUACACGUAUAAUCUCCAAAUUUAGACUAAUUUUUUCGUCUGAGGUACAUAUUCUAAUCUUGGCCUUUUCCUCUCCCCUCUCUCUUUCUUCCCUAAGGACCCGACCAAGGACCAAGAAGCAGAGUUUGUACUCGAAUACAUUGAGAACUUUUUCGAGGUUGGUUCUAGGUUCGUAAUGUGGCAAACAUUGCAUGCGUCAGUUCGGCAUUCAACGAGAUACAAAGUCUGGUUAAGCGUUAUGACCACUUAAGGUGCUGAAGUUUCUCUCAGCAGCUCCUGGUGAAAAUGUUGGCCAUAUUUCGUGUCCUAAAAAUCCUACAAAUCUCCCGUGUACUGAAUAUCUAGAUGCACACACGUUGGUGCAAAAAGCAACUGUUGAUAAAUAUACACAGAAAACUUACACCAGCACUCAAAUAAGCAUGUUGUAUUUAGUAAUUUACCGGCAAACUUUCAUUCAGCUACCUUUUUUUCUUCUGAAGAGAAGGUUGAAUCCCUAAUUUGUCACGUAUAGCUGGAGUUAUACUUCAAUAAUGCUACAUCCCAUGUUAUAAAGACAGGCACCUCCAUGGACACUUUCAAACCGUAAUUUCCCUGAACUUUACUGUCUUGAAAUUCUUAUUACUCACCGCGUGAUCCAGGUAAACUUGAACCACAUCCUUUUUCUUUAUAAAGUUAUUGGGGCACUGCUAUAUUUUACAGGUUUAUGAAGAGGGAAAAAUAGAGGAUGCUGUCAUGUUGGCUGCACAUUCCCCCAAGGUACAAAACAACGAGAUGAAGUAAUAUUUGUGUAACCGCCAGGCCUAGGGUAGCAUACCAUUCAGUCUUUUUCGUUCUUGAAACCGAAACGAUAGUAUUUAGUCAAAAUGGAAGACGCCACACCACAUCGAUCACUGACGAAUGUCACAUAAUUAUGACUAUUGUAUACGGUAGGAAUUAGUUAUAAAUAUCGUGUCAAAAAGUGUGAGGAGCAGUAACUAUAGCGUAAGACAUUUCUCUAAAAUUUUGGCCCAGAGGACGCUAGUUCAAAGACACCUACAUUUGUUUACUUCUAAGGGUGUUUUAAGGUCGAUGGAGACUCUUGCAAAGUUUGAAGAAUACGAUGCAACUCAUAUAGGCAGGUAAAAGUUACAUUUGAUGGCGUCUACUUGAAGCUAUAGAUGAAAUCCACAUUGUGCUGGCAAGUCCAAAUAAUCAAUUCUUUUAAAGAAAGAAUCGAAAAAAUUGUUGUUUCUGGAAUUUUGUGAAAUGUAUGAUGAUUUGGGAUAUAUUCUCUAACCCCGGCCGUACUAAUGUCUGCAAGUAAGUAAAUGAUUAAAAGACAUUUAGAGUUACGAUUUACAGCUCUUUUUGACGGAACAAUGUUAAACCGAAACUAUAUUUUUCAAAACCCAAACUUUAUACAGCUAAUAAAAACGACGAUGAGAACCAAGCGCAGGAAAUUAAAAAAAAAACAAAAAACAAAAAAAGCACGUCUUCGUUGAAGUUAACAUCUGUUUGGUUAAGUUUUUAAAGCUAGUUUUAAAGCGUAAUUAAGCAAAGCCAACGUAGCCCUUGAUCACAAAUUGAGCACUCAGUCAUAACUCAAUCAAGACACGCUGUAAUGGGAAAUGGUGCAGUAAUUUUUAUUGUAUAUUACAAUAAUUAAUCAUGCUCUUUGCUAUUUUCAUCGGUCAUAAAUGGCCCAUUUCCGAAUUACCAUUGGCCUCUUUUUCACGUGCAAAUGAAUUUCAUUUUCACGCUAAUGGUUGAACGCCAGGCCUCGUUUUGAAAGAGGUCAAAGGUAAUUUGGACAUGGCCUAUUCAUUGCAUUUUGUUGAACCUUCUUUAUCAUUCAGUUCAGUUUUGAUGUCCUACUGGGAAGCUCUUCUUCCAACAGUUAGCACUGGCUGUAAAAAACCAUCUCAGUGGGAAACUUUGGAGUGUGUCAGAUGUGUCUUAGCGAGAGGUGCGUUAAAAAGGCAACCUUGUUGACACUAGCGUCCCUCAAUCGGCACGUUUUCGUGCGUCAUCGAUCUUUGUUGCAGGGCAAUAUAAAUAUCUCUUUGGAAAUCGCCUUGGUGUGUUAUCCUUUGUUAGGAAACUGAAGCGUUAUACAUUGACCUGAAAGGACUUGCAUGUUCGUUACUCGCUGAUUAUUUGGUUCUAAACGGAAAAGGAGAAACGAGACAGCAACCCCUUUGGAUGCAGAACACUUAGCUCUCUUACCUCAGGAAGUUGGCCCUAGUUUCUUCUCCUUUAUGCCCCCCUAGUUUUUUAAUUCAAGCUUCAGAUGGCAUGUUGAUUAGUAAUGGUAAUAGGUACGAGUGGAGUCCAAUUCGCUGUAAUAAUUCGCGGUCGUCCGAUUUUGUUAAUCACGUGUAUGAUUACAGACAGAAUUGAACGAUACGAAGUCCUGCCACCAAUUAAUCAUAAUCGUUACAAUUUCCGAAAAAAAAAAACAUUUAGGAGAGACAAUGCCUAGAGUAAAAAUACUUAUAUUUUGGAAAUUCCCCAUUUUUUUCAGGAUAAGUGCUUGUUGCUAUGAUUAUUGUGAUCAAAUCUGUGAUUUGUGAAUUUAGCUGAGUGGACUUAGUUUGAUUGGCUGCUUCAACUGUCCGAUUACAGGUGUCCGAUUACAGCCAACUGUCCUAUUUCACUGAUCGAUUAUAACUGUACAGAAUGGUUAGAGAAAAAUUAGGCAGCAAAUGCACCAAUCACAUUUGAGGAAAUUGUGAUGAUCACAGUGGUUCUGAUAAAUCUCGUAACAAUACCUGUUCCGUCUCCUUAUUGUCUCAUUAAUAAUUGUGUUGUCACUUAUUAUUAUUUUUUCUCAUUUGCUAUACUAGGGAGAACUGAUCUCCUUACUCACUGGAUUGCACAGAAUCAGGUAAACCAAGAAAACCGAACUUUUUUUUUUAAUAAUUUGGUGAUGAGGUCGAAACUCUCUCGCAUGGUACUUGAUGAGGGUGAAGCCCUAGUCAACUAUCCACAUGGUUACCGGUCACCUCGCCACCAAGCAGACUCGCCACCAGCGAACUCGCCACCAAGGAACGAUCUCGCCACCAACGUACUCGCCACCAAGCGAAGUCUUCUCGCCACCAACCACCAAUAAAGAGAUAAACUAGAAUAAAGAAGUCGAGGAGAGUAGGAUGUUCGAACGAGCACAAUUCAAAUCGGCCGAUACGUUUGUGCGCUUGUCUGUAUUUAAAUUAUGACCUUCAGCGACGUGUUAGAUGUGUUCCGUUCCUAACUCAUUGACAUCGAAACGUAUCGUGUUUGCACGUAAGCGAGGAGAAAUUGCAAAACUCGAUGCGAGGAAUAAAAACUUACUUGAGAGAAAAUGAAACUUCAUGAGAAGAAAUAAGUGAUGAAAUGAAACUCGAUAGCAGUUGUAUUAAAACUAAAUGCAAGAAAUUGUCAAGUCGGUGCGAGAAAUUGUAAGCGUCGAUGGACUGAAGCUUUCCUAAGGCAACUACAGUUGUUUCCCAAGUAGAGUUAAUAGUUCGAACCCAGCGAACAAACUUAUCGGUUUCGAACGUGCUUUCGACAACAUACGUUUAUAAAGUUUGAGUACAGACAAGCGAACAAACUCAUCGGUUUCGAACGUGCUUUCGACAACAUACGUUUAUAAAGUUUGAGUACAGACAAGCGAACAAACUUAUCGGUUUCGAACGUGCUUUCGACAACAUACGUUUAUAAAGUUUGAGUACAGACUUAUCAGCUGAACAUCCUACUGUCCUCGACUAAUCUCUUUAUUGGUGGUUGGUGGCGAGAAGACUUCGCUUGGUGGCGAGUACGUUGGUGGCGAGAUCGUUCCUUGGUGGCGAGUUCGCUGGUGGCGAGUCUGCUUGGUGGCGAGGUGACUGGAUACCAUCCACAUAGAAUUAACGAUUAAUGCUGUUUAAGUUUAAAUCCAAUAGCUGUUUAAAACUAAGACUUGACAGCAAGACAAGCUCUUUUUUAUGUACUUUUUUUACUACUAGUUUUUUCUAUUACAACCUGCAGUGUAAGGCUGCUCAAUAUCACGGAAUCGAUAAGAGAACAAAAGGACCCUUAUUCUCUCCUGAUAGCAAGUAGCGUUGCUUAUCAAAUUGCAGCUUUUGUAACGGAGUGAUAGCACAGUUUUACACUUGUUUGUUGGCCGAUUAGCGCUAACCCAGGGUUAAGUUUUAAUCUGGGUUACUUUAUUUCUUUCUUUCCAAACUAAAGCAGCCACACCCAUAAUGAUGUCCUUAAAAAGAUAGUUUCUACGCUAUUUUGAUUGGUUAAUUGCUCUGUAAUUUAUGCUGUGCCUUUCUUUUUGACAGUUAACUCUCUCUGAAGAGGCUGGAAGACUAAUAUCUGAAGCUUGCAGAUGCCCG